AUGGUAAAUCUAAUGUCGAAUUUGACAAUGAGUUUCCUCUACGACUGGAUGCCCUUGGCCCCUCUCACGGAUAAGGAAAUAUUCGGCAUAAGAGUCAGUAUCAAAGAAGAGUUCAACGAAGAUGUCUCCGAAGAGACAUGUGUGGAUAUCAAGGAAGAACCUUUUGAAUAUACAGAUGAAGAUUUUGGGAAGAAAUACAUAUCUGAUCGGGAUCAGGCAACGAAUGAUGAAAGCUAUAAGGAUGCUACACACGGAAAAGUGGAUGGGAAGUUUGUUGCUGAGAAGUGUGAGAAUAAGUGGUCAUCAAAUGAGGAUCAGGCAACUUAUAAUGAAAAUUAUAAGGAGGUAACAAAUGGAGAGAUGAGAGCUGAAUUGACUCGUAUUGUUGGUAAAAUGUGUUAUAAGAAAGUGAAGCCUAUUAAUUUCAACGACAAGCCAUACAGUAUGAUUUGCAACAAGGCUUUAAGUGACACAUGCAAUAUAAUAAGGCACAUGAGAGUACAUACAAAAGAGAAUCCAUACAUCUGUGAAAUUUGCAGUAAAGCCUUCUCACGGAAAAGUCAUCUAAUGGAGCACAUAAGAAUACAUACAAAGGAGAAGCCAUAUAGCUGUAAGAUUUGCAAUAAAACCUUCCGAUCCAGAAGUAGGCUGGUCAAUCACACAAGAAUACAUACAAAUAAGAGGCCAUACAGCUGUGAUAUUUGCAUUAAAGCCUUCUCUGAGAAAGGAAAUCAAAUAUCUGGUAAAUCACAUAGAAUACAUACAAAUGUGAAAUCAUGUAGUUGUGAGAUUUGCAACAAGACCUUCUCAUCCAAUAGUGGUCUGGUAAGGCAAAACGGUGUUCAUACAAAGGAGAUUUGCAAGAAGGUUUGCUCUGAGGAAGGUAUUCUGGUAAAACAUGAUAGUACAUACAAUGCAAAAGUUAUUCAGAUGUGA